UUGGGAAGCGCAAAGCUGGGUGGCUCUCCCGGCCCUAUAAAACCGGCAUCCGGGCUCAGGGGGGGCCACGACGGGAUCCUUGAGGGUUUGGGGACGACUUGGUGGUGGCCCUAUUGGGGCUGGGUGGCUUUGGGGCAGGUGGCUCUGCCCCGGGAAGGGGAGGAGGCUGCGGCACUCCCAGCUCGGCUGCCGGCCGCGAUGCUCCAGUCCCGGCUCAGCCUGGCGGCCGUGCAGGCACCGAGAGCACCCGGGACCGUUUCGGGGCUCACCCCUGGGUCCACCCCAAAGCUCCCGCACCGCGGGGGCUGACGGCACCCAACAGGGCGAGGAGAUGGAGGAUGAGAACGGGACGGAGCCGUGGCACCGGAGCCUCCAAGCGAUGCUGGAUGCCUUGAACCAAACUCUGCACGGGACCCUCCUGCGCCCCGCAGCCCCCCGAAACGCCAGCGCCCGCGGUGCCGGGGGUCGGGACGACAACGCCUACAUGUACAUCCUUUUUGUCAUGACCCUUUUCGCCGCCACCGUGGGCAGCUUGAUCCUGGGCUACACCCGUUCCCGCAAGGUGGACAAGCGCAGCGACCCCUACCACGUCUACAUCAAGAACCGGGUUUCCAUGAUCUGAGCUUGAAAAGCCCCAAAAUGGGUCGGGAACCGGGUUCCUGGCGCCUGGCGCGACCCGCGGGCAGGUCCCGGUGCCGUGGAGCCAUCCCAAAUGGGGACACGGGGACAUAUAGGGACAACAGGGGUGGCUCCUUUCCCACCGUUCCCAUGCCCUGCUGAAUUUGGCACGGCCUUUAAAGGAGGAAAAUUUGGGAAAAAAAUGAGGCAGACCGGCCAGCAUCGCCCUCCAAAGCGUGCCGUGGGGUGCCAGGAGCUUGGCGAAUUGGGCUCGUGGGUUUUCCCGGUGCUGAAAGCUGUCACUGCAAAACGGUUUCGGGCUUUUGCUGGCGGGGAAUUAAAGGAGAUGCCGGUUCCCGA